UGAUCAUACCAUCAAAAAUGAAAGAAUAAUAUAUGACUUGAAAUAUUAUUUAUCGUGGAACUAGAAAUUUAUAAUAAAAAAAAGAACAGAUAUUUGCAACGAUGAAAACUUCGCAAGCAGAAACUCUUCUCGCGAUAUUGUACACUGCUUCGGUGAUAUUUGCGAUAAUAUCUUUAGCAUCUCUCGCAAUCAUUUGGCAACAUUGGGAAAUGACAUUAGAUGUUUGCAUUAGUGUUAAUUGUGGUUGUAUACUGUAUGGUAUUAAUACGUUUAGCACAUUUAUGGGAGGAGAUAUAAAACUUUGCCAUUAUGGUGUCUACGGACUCGUUCCUGCAAUUAUAAUUGGCUUGUGCCUCAGUAUUUAUCAUAUUUACAGAUGCUGUAUUAAUCGUGGCCUUGAUGAGCCCAGGUCAAUGAAUUAUAACAGCAACAGAGCCACUAUUAAUGGGCAAGUUGUUGUAAUUGGUCCAAAAAGAAGAGCUCCAUUUAAACAAUGGAUACCAUCAGUAUUUUGCGCUGCUUUGAUUGGCUGUUUAUCGCUUGCGCAUGCUGUUGUCACAACCGAUGGUUUUUUUAAAACUUGUGAACAGUAUAAAAGAAGUCUGAUACAACUUUUGGGUUCUAGGGGACGUGAAGCUCAUAUAAUUCGAUACAGACUCGCUUGCAGUGCAAUUUUUGACUACAUGGAUUAUCUUCAACCGGAUGCCAAUAAUUUUAGACGAGGAGAAGAAUUAAAUACAGGUUUUGCAUUACAACUCGCUAUUGUUUGUACAUGGCUUAAUUUUUUUACAUGGGUUUUUAUAUGCGUUCUCUCUUUCAUUAUGGCAAAAAAGAAACUCAACACUUUUGGAGAACACUUCUGUUGUUGUUAAAUUCAUUUUCUUAUUGAAGUAUUAUAUCGUUUAAUAUCAAUUUACAAAAUCUAUUUUGAUCAGCGAUAAAUGAUUCGCUUUGUUAGUCUAUUCAUAUUAAAAUUUAUUAUCGUUCUAUCAUAUAUAUUAAUACAAAUAUAAAACAUAUUAAUUAUGAUACAAUUUAUUUCAAUGCUCUGUAUUUGAAUAGAUACAGUGAAAAUGUUAUUAAUACAUAAUCGUUUAUGUACAUCGUCGUGUAAUAUUUAUUCAUUUAGGAAAAAUAUCAAUUAGAAUUGGGGUAUAUAUAACUGAUAAAUGAAAAUUAAUUAAUUAAACAAACAAUUUAAUUUGACAAUAUGAAAUCAUGAAAUUUAUGACAUUGUGUAAUAAAAACAACUAAUAUUAUUUUUUCAAAUGUAUUCUAUUUUGAAUAGUUAAAUAAAAGUACCGCUUUUUUUGUUAAUGAAAAAAAAGGAGGAAUGCAUCAUUUUGAUAUUAUUAACAAAGAUUAAUUCCAACUUUGAAUAAUGGUAUUUUUGUUUUUCUUUACGUUAAAAAAGACAUUUUGUUUUCUACAUUAUAUUUUAAUAUUUUCUUAGCACCUAUUGUUUACAAUAUAUAAAUACUGUAAAGAACGACGGGUUUUAAGGCCGACGAAUACUAGAUUGUCCUAGUAUACAGAACAGCAGAAAAUUUAAAUCCUUAAAAUGCACAAGAGUUAUUAUAAGUUAAUUUAUUAAAUAAAAUAAUAACCUGAUAAUUAAGAAUUUUCUAUAU